CCUGUCUCAAAUAAAAACAACAACAAAAAUCUCCAAAGUACUUUUAAAGGUAGAAUCGUUCUCCUACAAAGAAUGUGUUGUUAGUUUUAGUGAUAGAAAAUUUUAAAAUAUUGUCUUUUAAAAUAUCUGAUCCUGCUCCCACAAUCUUUCAUGCCCUUCCUUUCCAUCUUGGGCCUGGCAGAAUGGCUCCCACAAAGAAGGGUUGCAAGAGGAGGGGCUGUUCUGCUAUCAAUGAGGUCGUGACCUGGGAGUACACCACCCACAUUCACAACAUCUGGAAAUCUGCCAUGAUGAAGGAAAUGGGAACUCCAGAUAUGCACACUGAUACUAGGCUCAAAGCUGCCUGGGCUAGAGGAACAAGGAAUGUCCCAUAUCACAUUCAAGUGCAAUCAUCCAGAAAACAUAAUGAGGACGAAGAUUCACCAAACAAGCUCCAUACUUUGGUAACCCAUGUCCCUGUUACCUUGUUCAAAAAUCUAGUCAACGUGGAUAAAAACUGUAAAACAACAACAACAAAAAAACCUGAUCUUCUUGUACAGCUGAUGGUUCCAUUUUAUUUGACUCUGUAUAUCAGCAAUUAUGCUUUGUCAAGUUGUGUGCCAGUACUGAGAGCACAGAAAUGAGACACACCUGCUCUUUGUCAAACAGCUCACUAAUGUUUUCUAUCACUGUCCCAAUCCUGUAAAUCUAUAUUUUGAAUUUCUUUUUCAGUUGUAA